AUGUCCGCCAACCGAUUCCUCAUCUGGGGCGGCGAAGGCUGGGUCGCCGGCCACCUCAAGGCCCUCCUCGAGUCCCAAGGCAAAGAAGUCCACACCACCACCAUCCGCAUGGAGAACCGCGAGGCCGUCCUCGCCGAGCUCGACCGCGUCAAGCCCACCCACGUCCUCAACGCCGCCGGCUGCACCGGCCGCCCCAACGUCGACUGGUGCGAGGACAACAAGGAGACCACCAUCCGCAGCAACGUCAUCGGCACCCUCAACCUCACCGACGCCUGCUUCCUCAAGGGCAUCCACGUUACCGUGUUCGCUACGGGGUGCAUUUACCAGUAUGACGAGGAGCAUCCUAUUGGUGGGAAGGGCUUCUUGGAGACGGAUCCUGCCAAUUUCGCUGGGAGCUUUUACUCGGAGACCAAGGCUCAUGUUGAGGAGAUCAUGAAGUACUACAACAACGUCCUCAUCCUCCGCCUCCGAAUGCCCGUCUCCGACGACCUCCACCCCCGCAACUUCGUCACCAAAAUCUCCAAAUACGAGCGCGUCGUCGACAUCCCCAACUCCAACACCAUCCUCACCGACCUCCUCCCCGCCUCCAUCCUCCUCGCCGAGCACAACGAGAAGGGCAUCUACAACUUCACCAACCCCGGCGCCAUCUCCCACAACGAGGUCCUCACCCUGUUCCGCGACAUCGUCCGUCCCGAGUUCCAGUGGAAGAACUUCUCCCUCGAGGAGCAGGCCAAGGUCAUCAAGGCUGGCAGGAGCAACUGCAAGUUGGAUUCUACCAAGUUGAUUAAUAAGCUCAAGGAGUAUGGGUAUGAGGUUCCUGAGAUUCAUGAGGCGUAUAAGAAGUGUUUUGAGCGGAUGAAGGCGAAUGGUGUCAACUAA